AAAAAAUUAAAUUAAAUAUUUAUUUUCCAAAUCUACAGGGAGCCGCAGCAGAGGGAUGAAAGAGCCACUUGCGGCUCCGGAGACGCGGGUUGCCGACCCCUGCUUUAGAUGAUUCCAGCGCAUCUGUCAGGCUGUGCAGUACUGACAUUACGCAAAACUUACGUCAACCCAAGACACACGCAUACACACACUGUGCAACCGAAACAACAGGAUCAUAAACACUUCACACACUUGAUUUUUAACCGGAGCAAUGUCAAUAAAGAAAGCAUCCAAACCGAACCUGAGAGACUCCCAGGUGACAGAAUUAACUGCACGUCUUUUUGGGCUAACUGUAUCUUCCAUACAUCCUCUGCCCAGUUACGAUGAUCAGAACUUCCAUGUGGUGUGUGUGGAUGCUGGUGACUUUGUGUUGAAGGUCAUGAACUCUACAGAUAGUGAGAACAUGAAACUACUUGAGGUGCAGACACACAGCAUGAACUUCUUGCAGCAGAAUGGACUUCCUGCACAGAAGGCUCUGUGCACUGUUACAGGGAAAAUGAUGAGUCUGGAAGAGUUAGAUUGUGGAUAUGGCCUUCAGAAAUAUCUGGUGCGUUUGCUGACAUACCUGCCUGGAACUCCAAUGGCCAAAAUCACCAAUACGCCACAGCUACUGUAUGAAACGGGAAAAAUGGGUGCCAUGCUGGACAUGAUUUUACUGUCGAUGGAGCAUGAGAACCUCGGUGCUCUUCAGAGGGAGAACUUCAUCUGGAGUUUGUCCUGUUUUCCUCUGAUAAAUGAUUAUCUCCAUGUGAUGGAUGGAGAUCCAAUGCAGCUAAUCAUUAGAGGAGUUACUGAUCAGUACCGAAACCAAGUGGUACCGAAACUCCCCUCCUUCCGCAAGUGUAUAAAUCAUGGAGAUUUGAAUGAUCACAACAUCCUUGUGAAGCAGGACGGUCCAUCGUGCUACAGGAUCAGCGGCAUUCUGGACUUUGGUGAUAUGAGCAGCGGCUAUUUUGUUUUUGAGCUGGCGAUCACAAUAAUGUACAUGAUGAUCGAGAGCCGGAAUCCGCUGGAGGUUGGGGGUCCAGUCAUCGCUGGGUUUGAGAGCAUUUUUCCUCUGAACUCUGAUGAAAGAGAUGCUUUGUAUACUCUGGUGCUGAGUCGGUUUUCUCAGUCGCUGGUUUAUGCACGUUCUGCGGUUCUCCAGCAACCAGAAAACGAAGACUAUCUGAUGAUCACAGCAAAAAAUGGACAUAGACUCCUCCAGCUUCUGUGGGAAAAGGGGAAAGAGGAAGUGCAGAAAGUAUGGUUUAAAGGUGCUGCUAAUAUCUCAAACUAAAUGCUAAUUGUAAAUUCUUACUCUAAUCCCUAAAAAGCUAAACAAUCACUUCUAAGCAAAGCAUUACAGUUUUUUCAGUUGCUAACAAGCAUUGUUCAAUACCGAAAUCACAUAUUCAAAACUCUUCACACAGUCUGCAUUACCAGCAUGAAUGUUGGCCAAACAGUUAAUCUCACCUACAAAACUAACUCAGACCAACAUAACACUGGCAACAAUUCUCAUUCAGAAAACACACAUUUCAUUCACAACACACUGACCUAAAAAACCCACUAACAACAGGAAGCAUUAAAUUUUUUUAAAGUGUCAAUGAUUUUCCACAUAAAUCAGUUCUUCAUAUAGAAUACUGUAAUACAAUUUCACUUUAUUGAAAGCAUUUGUAACACGAAUGAAUCAGAAAUUAAUCAAAAUUGAAUUUUUUUAUAUGAAUGUAGUACUUGAAAAUUAUAACCAAACGGUGAAAUAAGAGGGGAAACAAAGAGAAGCCAAAGGGCAUCAAACUCCCCUUCCUUCAUUGUUGUGUGGGAUAAUGUGGCAUUCCACCACUCUGCUGCAGUCACAGAGUGGUUUGUGGCACAUCCCAGGAUGUCAGCAUCAUACCAUCUGACAGACUACACCAUCUGGUCAUGUGGAUGGUGGUCAUAAACCUUCCACCUCCACGCAGAUAAAAACUGCUCUAUGGGGUAUAAGAAAGGGGAGUAUGGAGGCAGGUAUGAUACUGACAUCCUGGGAUGUGCCACAAACCACUCUGUGACUGCAGCAGAGUGGUGGAAUGCCACAUUAUCCCACACAACAAUGAAGGAAGGGGAGUUUGAUGCCCUUUGGCUUCUCUCCUCUGCUGGCACAAGUCGAAUAUGUAGGUCAUUUAGAAACGAAAUGAGCUUCUCUGUAUUGUAGGGGAGCAAUGAGUGGUUUUUGUAACAGCAAACCUUCAUUAGACAUUGCUGCACACAUCAUGAUGUUAGCUCCCUUUUGGACUGGGACCUCCACAAUCGCUUUCUUUCCCAUUACAUUUCUUCCCCUGUGUCGUGUUUUUGCGAGGUUGAAUCCAGCUUCAUCCACAAAGAUAAAAGUAUGUGGAUUCCAUCUCCAUUACCCUCUAAAUUGCAGACAGUUUCAUAGUAAUUGACAUUAUGCAUCAAUGUGUAUGUACCCUGUUUGAUUACUGAACAGAUAUCUUACCUGGACAUAUUGAUAGCGGAGUUCUUUCACACGUUCACUGUUUCUCUCAAAGGGUACAGUUGCUUCAUCCUUAUUUUAUGUUUCUCUAGGACUCUAGCAAUUGUUGUUGUGCUAACCAUAUUCACAUUUUCAAAAGUGCCGUUGUCUGCCAGCACUCUCUCCCGAAUUUCCUGCAGUUUUAUUGCAUUGUUGGCACUUACUGUUCCAUAUCCACAAUGGCAAUUACUUGCGCAUCAGAACAGAUUCUGCCUCUCCCUCCUCUUGUGGGCAACAUUUGGAUCCUCCUUACUGUAUUGUAAUAGGCUUCAAAAUGUCAAUAUGUGUAAAAACGUACACAUUGUAUUGUAUUUUACUGUAAUGUGUAAUUCAGUUAUCAUUAAGGGAUGCUCAUCUCACCUGUUGUGUUGUUGGAAAAUGGGUACGAUUGAUGCAACUGUUGAACGUGGCAGAUUUGUUUGCACCCUUAGACCAGCUUCGCUCAAAAAGAGACCAUAAUUUACUACAUGGUCAAUAAUUGUUGCUCUUAUAUGAGACUAAGGCAGAACACCUGGGUGGAAUUUUAGCUAAAAUUGCAAUUAGCUUGUAAUGAGGAUUUUUUAUUUUUAUUUUUUGGCUAUGAAAUUGUGAAUAUUUUAAAAUAAUUACUGCAUAAAUGCUUGGUAUUUGCCAUCA